AUGACUUCUGUAGAACAUCAGAGGAGGUUAAACCCGAAUCUAAAAGAUGUUGUCAAGAAAGAGAUAAUGAAACUUCUAGAUGCUGGUGUAAUUUAUGCUAUAUCUGAUAGUAAGUGGGUCAGUCCUGUGCAUGUAGUUCCUAAGAAAGGUGGUAUAACUGUUGUUAAGAAUGAUAGGAAUGAGCUGAUACCCACUAGAACUGUCACUGGUCAUCGCAUGUGCAUUGAUUACCGCAAACUGAAUGCUGCAACUCGCAAAGAUCAUUUUCCUCUCCCAUUUAUUGAUCAAAUGCUUGAGAGAUUGGCUAACCAUCCAUACUACUGCUUUUUAGAUGGUUACUCAGGUUUCUUUCAGAUCCCCAUCCACCCAGACGACCAGGAGAAGACGACAUUCACAUGUCCAUAUGGCACUUAUGCUUAUCGCAGAAUGCCGUUUGGACUGUGCAAUGCACCGGCCACGUUCCAGCGCUGCAUGAUGUCUAUUUUCACUGACCUUAUUGAGGACAUAAUGGAAGUUUUCAUGGACGACUUUUCCGUCUAUGGAAGCUCCUUUGCUGUGUGUUUGUCUAAUCUGUGCAGGGUAUUGCAGCGGUGUGAGGAGAGACAUCUUGUGCUGAACUGGGAGAAAUGCCACUUCAUGGUGAGAGAUGGGAUCGUGCUGGGACAUAGGAUUUCAGAGAAGGGAAUCGAGGUCGACAGAGCGAAGAUCGAGGUGAUGAUGAGUCUACAGCCGCCUAAUUCUGUCAAGGGAAUCCGCAGCUUUCUGGGGCAUGCGGGGUUCUACAGGCGAUUCAUCAAGGACUUCUCCAAGAUCACCAGACCUUUGACGCAGCUGUUGUGUAAGGAGGUCAAGUUCGACUUUGACAGUACAUGCUUGGAGGCCUUUCACACGAUCAAGGGAGCUCUGGUGAGUGCUCCAAUUGUCCAACCUCCUGACUGGAACCUUCCGUUCGAGGUGAUGACAGAUGCUAGUGACUAUGCUGUCGGAGCGGUUCUGGGCCAGAGAAAGGAGAAGAAGCUGCACGUGAUCUACUACGCCAGUCGCACACUUGAUGAAGCUCAGUGCAAGUACGCUACGACUGAGAAGGAACUAUUGGCGGUGGUGUUUGCAUUUGAGAAGUUUCGGUCCUAUCUUGUUGGAUCGAAGGUGAUUGUCCAUACUGAUCACGCUGCCUUGAAGUACUUGCUGACGAAGAAGGAUGCGAAGCCGAGACUCUUGAGAUGGAUUCUUUUGCUUCAGGAGUUCGAUCUGGAGAUCAAGGAUAAGAAAGGGAUUGACAAUGGUGUAGCUGAUCACCUGUCAAGGAUGAAGAUCGAUGAUGACGUCCCUCUAGACGACAGCCUACCUGAUGAGCACGUCUACGCUGUUGAGGUGAUCGAUUACGGCGAGCCCCUGCUCGCAGAUGAUGGAGUUCGAUCGAUGCAGAAGGAGGUCGAUCGAAUGGAUGACGGAGAUCGUGCUUGA